AGAAAGACCAAAAAUUAGCAGUAGAAAUCGGACAGCCAAUCAGAGUUUGAUGCGGAAAUGACGUAUGUACACUUAAAGAUGGCGUCUGAUUCAAACGGAAUAAAGAACAAGCUGACUUCUGACAGUGAACUAUGAAGAACAACCCACCGGAGCAAAGGAGACUACCCAGCCUUGGGAGUGGGGUCGGAGCGGAGACUGGGACGACAUGCUGGCAGAGGAACAAGGUGGAUACCCCCCCGCAGCCUGGGGGAGACAUGAGUGACUGCAGUGAUGCUGGAGAAAGAGAGGCGACCAAGGCAGGGCAGAUGUCAUGUGACAGCCAACUGAGGAGGAGGAUCAUCCAUCAGCUGGAGAAAGAAAAGCUGGAGAUGACAUCCACACACAACCAGCAGCUGUGCUCACUGAAAGCGGAGCUAGCCCGGCUCAGGUCCUCUGUGGAGCAAGGGGAGGCCCAGAGGGCGGAGCUUCAAUACCAGCUGGCAGUGAGCAAGAGAGAUGCCGAGCGAGCACAUCACACCAACGCAACACUCACAGAUCAAGCUGCAGCGCUCCAGCAGACUGUCCAGGAGCUGCACAAGGUUCUGGACAUGAUUCAGCAGGCCAGAAAGGAGGACCAACAUGCUUUGCAGCAGGAAGUGGACGAGCGUGACGCACUGAUUGACCGCUUGACUUCAGAGAGUGAACGGCUGCAUUGCCUCCUGCAGUGUCAGGAGGAGACGCUGGAGGUUGCAGAGAGGAGGAUGAUGGUGCUGCAGAAAGAGCAAGAGAAGGAGGUGGAGGCCGCACUUGCAGUGGAGUGCCGAAACCAGCAGGAGGCGGAGUGCAAGCUAGAGCAGCUGCAAGGAGAGUUGAGGGAGGCAAAGAGAGAGAGGAGGGAGCGCACUGAGCAUGCUCUGCAGCAGUUGCAGACAGAGCACGAGCAGUGCAAGUUUGAGCUAAGCGUCGCCUUGGAAACGGAGAGGAGGACGACCUUUGAACUCACAGCAGUGCUGGAGGAGGAGAAGAGCGCGCACGCCAACACACACCUGCUCUUGGAACAGGCUGUGAAGAGAGAAGUACAGUGUCGGAAGGUCCUGGAAGAAAUCAGAGAAGCUCUCCAACAACACAUGCGCGCAGGCUGUGUUUCGCCAAAGGAUGAUGGGAAACAGAGUCCUUCUGAUGACGUAAUGCGUCUGCUCAAGUCCAUGCUCCGCAGACAGGUGCUAGCUGACCGACAGGUUCAGGAUCUGCUGUUAGUGUGUGAAAGGCUGCACGAAGAGAAGCAGAUGCUUCAAGAGCUGACUGUGGAUCAGAAGCGAUGCCUCCAAGAGUCUCGACACCUAUCACUCAAGCUGCAGGAGGAAGUGACACGUCUGCGAGAGGAGAGCUGUGAUUGGUCUACACAGAAAGAGGAGGUGGAGAAGGACAAGGAAGAGAUGUCAAAGGCCCACAUGUCCUUCCUUUACUCUAUUCAUCAGCGUCUGAUGGUGGGUCGCACGCUACUCCUUGAACACCGCAGCAUGUCGGAUGCUUUCACCUGGGAGGAGCUGUGUGAUGUCAUCAACCAGCAGGUGGAGCAGCUGACCUCCAACCGACAGGAGGCCAAUAACAAGGUGGCCCAUCUGCAGAGCGUGUGCGAGGAGAUGAGCGCCUGCAUGCAGGACCUGCAGCGGAAUCAUGAGUGUGUGUUAGCACGCAUGGAGGAGAGCGUGAGGAUGCGGGAGGAGGCCAGGAAUAGCCGACAUGCCCACGAGCUACAGGUGAAUCGCUCAGAGUGCCGGUCUCUUCGGGAUCGAGUCGACUCUUUGACCUCUGACCUGUUACGUCUCCACGACUACCUCUCGCGGAGCCGUAAGAAGUCAUCCUCCUUCCUGUCGGCGUGCGCGCUCCUAGCUGGCAUGACGGUGCACACUGAGCUUCGCCUGCGCAGCCUCAGCGAGCAGAAGCGUCUUCUGGUCACGCGUUUGGCCGCGAGGGAGGAGCUGGAGGAGGAGCUGAGGCGGCUGGCCGGUGCACUAGGAGGAGAUGAGGAGGAAGGAGGAGGGCAGAGAAGUCAAGCGAGGAGACGUUGGAGGAAGUACGUCUGCGUGCUGUCGGCGGUGAGGCGGUGGCGUGACAUUGCCAAGAGGAGCCCGGUGUUGUUUUGGCUGGACAGAGCAGGCUGUGGGCCAGCAGUGUGUGUCUCUACGGCAACUCUGAUGGGACAAGAUGGAGGCAAUGAAGAGGAUGUUGUCUCUGAUGGAGGUCGUGAUGCUGCGUGUGUUCGCUGGCUUCGCUCCAAAUCUCUCUCCUCCGCCAUCUUGUCCUGCAUGGCAGACCUGCAGGGUGCACUAGCAAGCACUCCUCCAGCUGUGAUGCCAGCGGCUCGGUCUGGGCUGUCCCGCCUCCUGGAUCAACUUGUCAAGCAACCAGCAUCUGGCCCUGAGAUCCUGGACCAGAUGAAACUGAGCAGACAGAGUCGGCCCCUGAGCAGCUUGAAGACCCUGGUGUCAGGCCUCCAACAGUACUUCCUGCUCUUCAGCCAACGGCUCCACUCGGCCGAAGUGGAGAGGCGGAGCCUGAGGCUUCAGGUGGCCCAACUGAGGAGGGUAGAGCAACGAGAGGGCGACACCUGCAGGACGGUCCCAGCACAUCACUUCCACAGUGUGUGCACGGAACUCCGCCAAGCGCUCAGCAGAGAACAGGAAGCUCACAACCUCGUUCAGGAGCAGUCGAUGCAGCUUGAUGCUCUGCGGCUACAAGUCAACACGCACACUGCCGAGCAGGCCGACAGCCACCAUGCGCUCAGCCAAAUGGCGGAGACACUGGCAGGGGCUCGGCGGUGCCUGAGAGGAAAGGAGCGCUCGCUGAGGGUCCUGGCUAGACGCCUGUCACGGGCUCAGAAGGAGAGGUACAGCCUGCGAGGGUGUCUGCGACGUGCUGAUGAGCAGCUUCAGGAUGCCAACAGGCCCCAGGACCAUGUGAUCAGCUAUGAAAAUGUGGCAGAGCAGCGCUACAAGGAGCUGACAGGCAGUCUCAUCCAAUCACUUCCUUUGCUGUCAGCUGAGCCCUGUCCACUGGCCUUACCCGUCCAUCACGUGGCAACAUCUGGAGCAGAGAGCAUCAUGGGAAAAUGCCAGGUGUCUGAUGUUCAAACCCUGCCCGCCCCUUCACCACCUGUCUCCAAAGGAGAGGAAAUGUGUGACGAGAGCUAAGGUGAACAAAAGUGAACGCCUAGAAGACCCCGGGAAGUCCCAGUGUGUUCUUCUUGUAGUUCUUUGUAGCACUUUGAGCACACUCGCACAACAAAAGUGACGCAUCAGCACGCCCUAUAGCGAGCGUGUCCCUCCUAGCAUCCUCAGGAGACCAUGCCCCCAGGCUGUGUGUGUGCACGUGUGUGUGCGUGACUUAAGAUGCUGACGCGCACACACUGUAAAUACUGUAGAACGUCUCUUUUGUCUUGAUGGCUGCUCAUCUGAACAUAAGGGGAUCAAUGAACUUAAAAGGACAAACAACCCAUCAUAUUUUAUUUCAUAUUUUUGGCGUUUCUUGUGACAAAGUUUGACGUGUGUGUGUGCGUGUGGACACCAAGUUAAAAAAGUGCCAACGUGUACAUAAAACCGGCAUGAGCGCUGACGUUGGUGUUCCCAUUGAGGUUCUGUCACAGAUGUUGUCGUAGCAGAUUAAGUUAAAUUGAGUUCCCACUCAUAAAAACAUCUCUUUCCUAAUCCCCAAACAACCAUGAAAAUAUCAAAUAAAUGGAUUUUUAGCAGCAAAAUGUCACCAAUGGCCUUCAUUGCCACUGAGGCCGUGUGUGUGUGUGUGUGUGUGUGUGUGUGUGUGUGUACUGGCUCAGAGGCAUCAAACACACACACUCUUGCAAUAAAAGGAAUGACUUAUGAGGCAUGAGGAAGCUGUCCUACUUGUACCUGACAGAGACACACGGCUGCGCCGCCAACUUGGACCCGUUACAAAGAGCGACACAGGGGUGGAGCAUGACAUACUUCCACGGUGGCGAUGGGAGGCGUGCAU